CUUUAUUUUUGUAUAUAAAAUCUUGUCAUUUAUCGUAUCCUAUUUUGUAUAUGCAUGCAUAACUACAUCUACAGUGGGGAAUGAAAACUUUCUGUACAAUCUGAUUGGGUUAUUGGAAUUUGAGUGGUUGUAUUUGACCAUCUGAAAUCCGAAAAAUGUUUCCUUAAAUCAGUGUUAGUUUGUAUUUUUUUGUGUACUCAUAUAUAUACGUAUAAAAUGAAGAGUUUAUUUCUCCGCCCUCAUUUCUUUCUGAUAACACUUCCGCAUUAACUUUGUCAACUAUAAACUCAGUUUAAUUUAUUUUGACUAACAAAACUUAGAUUUUAGUAUCUAGUAUCAUAAUCUGUUGUUUAUUUAGGAGAAAUAGUAUUUAGUUCAUAUGCUAAAAUAUAACACUUGUACAUUUUUAUGUUACAUUUGUCUCAUCAUUAUCAUCGAGGCAAGAACAAGAACAAAGGAUUAUGAUAAAAACUUGGGCGUGAAAGCAGUAACAAGACUGUGUGGCAUGGAAGGAGAGGAAUGCAUGGAUGAUUUCAAUUGUUGUGAAGAGUAUGAAUGCAGCCCUGAUUUACAAUGUCAACUUAGAAAUGCUAGAAAUAAAAUUGUUGGAUCUUAUCGAAAUUUAUGUGUAGCUGAUUAUGAUUGUCCACCAGGAUGGUGUUGUGAAGGCAAAUUAUAUGCACGUCGUUGUACACAAGAUUGUAGUAGAAAAACUGAACCAGAUGUUGUUCCAGCUGGAAGUUAUUAUGGACGACAAUUUUGGAAUUUAUGGGCACAUAAACGUCAUAUGGAUCGUAAUCAUUAUUGAACAAUUGAUGGAUAAAUCAAUCAAAAAUAUUAUUCUCUUAUUUAUUCACUAAAGAAUAUUUGAAAACUUUAAUUUGGUUGUGAUAAACAGUAAUGGUUGUGAUAUAACCGGUUGUGAAUAAACUUCAUUUCAUUUGAAUUUUAGAAGAAAGUUUAAAACUGUGUUUACUUAUAUAUCAAUUAAAUUAUUCUCAUUACUA